AUGUCGAUCGACCUUAACUGGGAGACCCUCACUACCGGCCCUGAUGGCGAGGCGCUCGCCCACAGCAUCCGUGACUUCAUCCACACCAAGUUUCAGUCGGUCCCGCUACCUCGCUUCAUCAAGUCUGUGACAGUGCACGACUUCGAGUUCGGCACCACACCGCCCGAACUCGAACUCAAGGACAUCACGGACCCACUGCCUGACUUCUACGAGGAGAACCUCGCGGCUGAUGACGAGGACUCCGACGAUGACGAUGACGAUGACGAUGAGGAGCGGCACUUCGACCACAGCCUCGGAGGUGAGGGCACAGGUGUCCCCGAGGAGCUCUUAGUCGCGUCGGAAAGGAGGCGCAGGAACGGCCAGGGCGCGAGGUUGACCGCGAUACCACCGCACAUCAGCACGACGGGCUUACCCUCAAUCACGCCGUUUAGAGGCGGGCCCCUGGCACCGAUGCAAGAUCUGGGGAGCCCGUUCCUGGGCACUUCGACGCCAGGCAUACCGGGCGGGACGUCUAAUCUCAGCUACUUCCACUCUCACCUCAUGGGCGGUCCAUCUGGGACCCAGACGCCCCUGGCUGCGGUGGCGGGUGCACACCUGGGCAACAACAACCACCACAAUCAUCGUUGGGCGCCUGAAGCGGGUGGUACUAGCCCACUAUCGACGACAACUACAGCGCCGUUCCCGGACUCAAUGGGCAGACAGCGGUCAGUGGACGGUCGCGCGUCGAGCCACAGCCGGAAUCCCAGCCAGAGCUCGGGCUCCGGGGCGGACUCUUACAAUACCAUCAGCGGCCUGACCCCAAUACAUCUAAGCAAUACGGUCCUGCGGGAGAAGUCCAGCGUGUCUACUUUUGCACCGACUUCCUCCGCGGGGACGUCAAGGCCGCCCACGCGGGACAACACGAACGCAUCUGCAUCGAUGCUCGCUGGGUCAGCAAUCACAGAGGAUGAAGAGCACCAAGACGAUCAAGACCACAAGGACCAGCGCCGAUUCCGUGAACCGAGGAUCGAGGACAUCCAGGCCGUGUUCCGGAUCAAGUAUUCCGGCGACGUCAAGCUGUUGCUCACAGCGGACAUCCUUCUCGAUUAUCCCAUGCCCAGCUUCGUUGGCAUACCACUACGCUUGAGCAUCACGGGGCUAUCUUUCGACGGGGUCGGGGUCGUUGCCCAUAUCAGGAAAAGGGUGCAUUUCUGUUUCUUGAGCCCGGAGGAUGCGCUCGCUGCUGUUGGAACUGACGAGGCCGAGCAGGCCGGGGACGCGCCUGGAGGUGCUGGCUCAUCUAACUUACGGCCGGGCAAGAUGGGUGGUUUGCUCCAGGAGAUCAGGGUGGAGAGCGAGAUUGGGCAGAGAGAAGGGGGCAAGCAGAGCCUCAAGAACGUGGGCAAGGUGGAACGCUUUGUGCUGGAGCAGGUGCGGCGGAUAUUCGAAGAGGAAUUUGUCUAUCCCAGUUUCUGGACGUUCCUUGUAUAG